CGCCUCGUGUAAAUCGAUGCCUAAUUGCCUAUAUCUGGGUGAAGCGCGAUUAGCUAAAGAUUUGAAAUUUAAUGUGUGCGGUUGAAACAGAUCAAAUCCGAAAAACACGCAUAUAUUAAUGAGGUGAAGGAAAGAUUUUCCCCUCAUUAAUUCAUUUGGAUUGCAGAACAAGGUGCUGGUGUCUCAACGGAUCAGCACCCCAAUGGCUUCUCCCCGCCUUGUUCCUUUUGUUUUUCUGCUACUUAUUGUUGGGUGCUCUGCUAGAGCUCUUUACCCACUCCCAAGCAGGAGAAACGAUAGAAAUAGGCAACCAUUACAAACAUUUCGUGCAUAUAACAUUGCACAUCGUGGUUCCAAUGGAGAAAUUCCUGAAGAAACCACUGCCGCCUACUUGAAAGCUAUUGAAGAAGGUGCUGAUUUCAUAGAGACAGAUAUUUUAGCCUCCAAAGAUGGUGUUCUUAUAUGCUUCCAUGACGUAGUCCUCGAUCAAACUACUGAUGUAUUCAAUCAUACAGAGUUUGCCAUACGUAAAAGGACCUAUGAGGUUCAGGGGACCAAUAUCACAGGCUUUUUUCCAGUUGAUUUCACUUUAAGAGAGUUAAAGACGUUGCGAGUGAAGCAGAGAUAUGCGUUCCGUGAUCAGCAGUACAACGGAAAAUUUUCUAUUAUCACAUUCGAAGAAUUCAUUAAGAUUGCUCUGGAUGCACCCAGGGUUGUUGGAAUAUAUCCAGAGAUAAAGAAUCCAGUAUUCAUCAAUCAACGUGUGAAAUGGCCAGGUGGCAAAAAGUUUGAGGAUGUGUUCGUUGACACGCUAAAAAAACAUGGAUAUGAAGGCACUUAUUUGUCCAAGCAAUGGAUGAAACAACCUGCUUUUAUUCAGUCAUUUGCUCCCACAUCCCUUACCUAUGUAUCAAAACUGACCAACCUUCCCAAGAUAUUUCUUAUCGAUGACACAACAGUGCCAACUCAAGACACAAAUCAGUCAUACUGGGAGAUCACUUCGGAUAAAUAUCUCGAGUAUAUCAGGGAAUAUGUCGUGGGAAUUGGGCCCUGGAAGGAUACCAUUAUUCCUGCAUCAAAUAAUUACAUGCAAACUCCAACUGAUCUUGUAGCCAGAGCUCAUGCCCGUAACCUUCAGGUACAUCCAUACACUUUCCGGAAUGAGUAUACGUAUCUGCACUUCAACUUCAGCCAAGACCCAUAUAGUGAAUACGCGUACUGGAUAAAUGAGGUCGGUGUUGACGGACUCUUUACAGAUUUCACAGGGAGCCUCCAUCAUUACCAGCAAUGGACUAGUCCCCUCUCGGUAGGAGAAGAGGAUGCAUAUAACCUGCUCGAUAAAAUCGUAGCUAUGAUCACCAAGUUUAGACACCCAUAGUGUCUCAUUCUUUGGAUUGGCUUAUCUGCCAUGUAGAUUUUUCUGUUUCUUUGAUAGAAAAUUAGGAAGGGAGAAUUUGUCAUUGCCAGAGAAAAAAAUAGUUGGUUAAUGGUUUCUCUUUUAGAGAUGGUCCCUUUUUAAUUUCAUUGUAUAUGUAUACUAGUGUGUAAUGCUUUGACAUUAUCCUAACGAACCUUCAUCUCUCUGGCAAGUAAAUUAAAAUUUGAAUUA